CAACGUUCUGUUAACCUGAUGAUUUCAAGAAACCAAGAUACAUUAUUUGUUUUUUCAGCCAGAUGAAACAUUUUAUUUGCUGCUUGGAAUCAUAAAAAUGGACAGAUGACAGAGAGAGAGAAACUUCCACACUCAGAGUGGUCUAGGAGAAAAAAAGAAAUGGCCUUCAGAAGAUGUUCUGAUGAUCUUGCAUACAUGAGUAAAAUAUCUAAACCAGACUAUAAAUCAUUCAGAAGCAUGGAUCACGAAGUUCCCAAUCUGAGCAUUGUAUUUUUUGGAAACUCUGUGGCUGUGCAGUUUGGACAUGAAAACAUUCUACUUGGAGAAGAACAACGAUUCCUAGAAAAUAAAGAAACAUCCAUGAAUGUUCAUUUAAAGAGGAAGAUACCAGAUCAUUACUUCUCAGUGAUCAACAUGAUUGGCGUACCUGACACUGAACUGAACAUGGACACUGUGAAUCCUCUCAUUGGUCACCUAGUGAAUGAAACUGAAAUAUAUGCCUUCAUCUUUGUUGUGCGACUGGGUCAGUUAACAGAUUCUGAUAAGAUGGGUAUUGAAUGGCUUCAGAGAGUAUUUGGUGACAGAGUUCUUCAGUUUUUGAUGAUUCUCUUCACAUACGAGAAAGAGGAAGAGUGUGAUUCUAUAAUAAAUGAUCUGAAGAAGAACACUUUUCUGGAGCAGCUGCUGGAGAAAUGUGAAGGAGGAUAUCACACCUGCAGCAAGAUCAUGAACAACCAAUCAGAGAUGAGAGAACUAAUGAAGAAGAUUGACCAGCUGUUUAUCAAGAAUAAACUAGAGUUCUACACCAGUGAGAUGUACAACACACAGUUAAGAGAGAAAGAAGACAUGCAAAAGAGUGGAGCUACAAUCAGUGAAGUAAAAAUGGCACACUCGACUACAACAGAGAAAACAGUAAUGCACGAGAGAGAGAACCACAAUCUGGGAACAGCAGAAGAGGGAACAGACCAUAUCAAAAAAGAAAAAAGAAAAGACAUCAUGAGUAGACUUGAUCGUUUUGGCAAGUACCAGACCCCACUGAAAACCUUGGACUUUCUUCAAGUAACUGCACAUUCAUUAGAGUGCCACGAGCCUUGUGCGGAAAUAAACAUAAUUCAAACAUUUUUCCAAAAAUUACUGAUGAUGGACUAUAGAGCAAGAAAUAUUUCUGUUAAGGAAAUCAGCACAGAAAAACUACAGGACAUGGAAUUUAAUGUGGAAGGGGACAAAGCCUUUGAUGAUAUUUUUACCAAAUUAUCUUUCUCUAACAAAGGAACAAGCAAAUCUGACCCCAUUCACCCAAUGGACAUUCAGAUGGCCGUGUUUCAUUGUGCUGAUAGUUUCCUGAAGCAGCUGAUGGUGACUAAACUGUCACAGUGUCAGUAUGCUCUGCCUCUGCUUGUACCGGAUCCAUUCACAAAACACAUUGAGUUUCCUCUCUGGACAUUUAGACAAAUCAACAAGAGCUGGAAGAUAUUUGAUGAUGCAGGGAAAAUCAUCAGUAAAGUCCAGCCAGUCUGUAAGGCACAAACUCCAAUGGUGUGUUUCUUCAGGUUUGGAUCAGUGUCCUCAUCCAAGUCUCAGCUGAUGAACAGUCUGAUCAAUGAGAAACACAACACGUUCUUCCACAGGAACUGUCCAGGAAACAGCAGAACUAGAGUAUGGAUGGAUGGAGUGGUGGAGAUCGCCUGGUAUUGCCCAUCUGGAAAAAACACAGAUACAUUUAAUGACUGUGUGGCGUUCUGUAAUCUACAUGGUGAUGCAGGAGACCAUGAGAAACAGCUGCAGAUCCUCACUGAAAUGUCCUCAGUCAAUGUUGUUAUCUUAGAACGUCUUGAUAAACAAGACAUUAGCUUUGCAAAGUUGUCAAAUCUUUACAAAGACAAAAAGCCACUCAUUUGCCUUUUUGCUGAGGAUGAAUCUAGUGUAAUUGGGAUGGAGAAAGGGAAAUUCAAAAUUGGUUUGAAAGACAGAAAUCCAUCAGAUGUUUCUGAUGAACUCAGAAGAGCUAUAAAUGAUUGUCUCUCAAUCUCAUCUUCAGAAUCAACUUCUAUUUUCAGACUUGAAGAUGUGUCCAAACACUCAGAUAUCAGAGUAGAUGAAGAUGAUGAUGAAGACUGCAGUAGAGGAAAAGAAGCAGCACAGCAGAUGAUGAGAUUACUGGAGAAUAAAGAUCUGACAAAAAUCAAAGAAUCAUUUCUGCCCUGUCAGGGAAAACUGUGGCAUCAGUGGUGUCAGAAGAACAAAGAACUACAUCGACCUCGAGGGGGUGAUCUAGAAAUGGACAUCAGUAGGAAACAGACAGAAAUGAAAAAAAUCAGAGAGUUGCAACAUGAAUCUGACAUCAGUGAGUUUAUAAAGGGUUUUAUAAAAGAAAUGAACUCAGAUGCUGCAAAUAAGACAAUCUAUUUUCUUGAAUGGCUCAGAAUCCUCCUGGAUGAAUAUACCUCAACUGAGCUUUCUGCUCUACAACACAAGUAUGAUGAAAACUGUUUAGAGGUGAUAAAGCUAGAAACAGAACAAUUAAAGUCUAAACAAACAGAGCUUGAGGGAGUAUCUGAGGAGCUUCAAGCAGCAACCUUUGGUGUGGAGCACAUCCUGAGAGAGAUUGGUCAGAUCUAUGAAUCAUGUUCAUCUGUGAAGAAGAACAAGAAAGUUCUGCAGUUUCACUUCUCUUCUCUCCCGAGUCUUGCAGCAGAGAUGAUGAUCUCUGGAUUUCCUCUGGAGCUGAUGGAUGGAGAUGCUGCUCAUGUUCCUGUGAUCUGGAUCUCUGCUGUUCUAGAUGAACUCAUCAAGAAACUGGGAGACCAGAGAGUGUUUGUGCUGUCAGUUUUAGGGAUUCAGAGCUCUGGGAAAUCCACCAUGCUGAAUGCCAUGUUUGGACUGCAGUUUGCCGUCAGUGCUGGCAGGUGCACCAGAGGAGCUUUCAUGCAGCUGGUCAGAGUGUCAGAGGAGAUAAAAGCACAGCUGAAGUUUGACUAUAUUCUGGUGGUUGAUACUGAGGGACUUCAUGCUCUAGAACUGGCUGGAAGAUCAACAAGACUUCAUGACAAUGAAAUGGCCACAUUUGUUGUGGGUUUAGCAAAUCUGACAUUGAUCAACAUCUUUGGAGAAAACUCAUCUGAGAUGCAGGACAUUCUUCAGAUUGUUGUUCAGGCCUUCCUGAGGAUGAAGAAGGUCAAACUGAAUUCCAGCUGCAUGUUUGUGCAUCAGAAUGUUUCAGAAAUCACAGCUGGAGAGAAAAACAGGGAAGGAAGGAAACGACUACAAGAGAAACUGGAUGAAAUGACAAAACUUGCUGCAGAAGAUGGAGCCUGUGAUGCAGAAAGAUUCGGUGAUGUCAUUGCAUUUGAUGUAGAGAAUGAUGUGAAGUAUUUUGCACACCUUUGGGAGGGUAACCCACCAAUGGCACCACCAAACCCAAACUACUGUGAAAAUAUUCAAAUACUAAAGGAAUCUAUUCUUUCUCAUGCUUCAAAUUCAGAUGGCAUGAUGUUGACACACCUGAAAGAACGUAUUCAAGAUCUCUGGGAGGCUUUGCUGAAUGAACGAUUUGUGUUCAGCUUCAGAAAUUCUCUGGAGAUUAGAGCAUACAGGAAACUAGAGACAGAAUACAGCAAGUGGACCUGGAGUCUUCGGAGUGCCAUGCUGGAAAUUGAGAGUAUAUUACACAACAAUCUCGAAAAUGAAGUGCUUCACAAGGUUGAAGAGACUGAUCUUCAAAAAGAACUAAAAGAAAAAGGUGAAGAAGUGAAAAACUCAAUGUCUGAGUUCUUUGAGAAAGACAUAGAUGCUGAUGUAGUAAUUCAGUGGAAAGCUUCAUUUGAAAUCAAAAUCAAAGAGCUUCAAGAAAACAUUGUGAGAGAUACAAAGAGGAAAUUAAAUGAGAUUCUUCAGCAGCGCGACGUGAAGAAAAAGAUUGAUGCUCAGAGGACACAUCAUGAAAACACUCUCUUUGAAAAGAGCAAAGAACUUGCCUUAAAACUCAAAGACAAAGCAAAUGAUGAAGAAACCCUGAAGAAUGAGUUUGAUUCCUUUUGGAAACAGCGUGUGGAUGAGAUCAUCAGAGACACUCCUCCAAUCAAAGACAUUGACAUAUUAAGAGAUGUGAAACAACUGCUCAGUGACAUCUAUGAAAGUGUUCCUGUAGACCCCCGGGGGGAGAGCAGGGAUAUUUUCUCUGUGCCGAGUUAUUCAGAUUAUGUACAGUUAAAGAAAUCCAGAGGAAUUACAGAAGCUUUUAAAAAUGUUUCCAAAGCAUCUAAAGGGAAGUUUGAUAAUGAUCUGUUUAAAGAAAAUGAAUCACAAAUAAGAACCUUAGUAAAUGACAUUGCUCAGCAGAUAAACAAAAUGAUUAUUUCAUUUAACAUUUCAAAGAUGGGCUACAACAUCAACUAUAUCCAACAACUUAUUGAAUACAUCAAGAGAAGAGUAAAAGAACAUCAGGAAGGACCAGUGAACUAUGUGUUCAAGAAUGAAUUCUUCAUGGAUUUGGUGUUUUCCAUCUGUAAACGAGAAAACGAGAGAUUCGCUGACCAACACAGACUGUUCAGAGAAGCCAAUGAUCCUGUUCUCUAUGUUGAGAGGAAGAGAGAAGAGUACUUCAGUGUUUUCCAGAAAUAUUGUCAAGGUGCAACAUCAGCUGUAAUAUUUGGUGAGAUCAUCUGUCAGAAACUGAAGGAGCCCAUCGAACAGAGUGUCUACAAAAACACUGCGAUAGAUUUAGCAGAUGAAAUGAGGACAAACUGUCAAUCACUGAAUGGAAACAGAUCUAAACUGGAGAAACACAUCCUGAAGACACUGGCAGAAGAGGAGGAUUUUGAGAAAUACAUGAACUACAUUCAGAAUCCCAAAGAUCACUUCAGGAGUUUCAUCAGAGAUGAAGUCAGUCAGUACAUCACUGACAAAUUCAGUGUCAGUGUUCUGCCCAAGAUGAUGGAGAACAUGAAACUCCUGCAGCAGAAGAUCAUGGAAGCAGCUCAUGAAUCUACUGAACAUGUUAAAGUGAACAGUGGAGAUGUUGAAGCAGCUCAUGAAUCUACUGAACAUGUUAAAGUGAACAGUGCAGAUGUUGAUUUGUGGUUGAAGUGUUUCACACAGAAGCUCUCAGAUGUGCUGAUAUUCUCUGAAAAAGACCUCAGUGGAGUGAGUCGUGAUGGUGUUGAUGAUUUCAACCUCCUAGAAGAUGUGAUCAGAAAAGAACUUCCUUCAGUAAUAUCUGACAUAAGCAGUAAAUUCAGUACAGAGACUUUUCCAGUAAAUCUGGACCACAAGUACAGAUCAGAUGAGAUUCUUAAUCAUCACUUCUGUCAGUGCUGUUGGGUUCAGUGUCCUUUCUGUGCUGCAAUCUGCACCAACACAAUAGAAGACCAUGAUGGAGAUCACAGUGUUCCUUUUCAUCGUUACGUUGGACUAAAUGGAAUGAUUUACCAGCGUACAACAAACUUGUGUAUAAGCAUCUGCACAUCAGCAGUAGCGAGUGAUCGAUCUUUUUGUUCAAAUGCCUCAGAUACAGUCCUCUGGAGAGAAUAUAGAAAAGCAGGAGGAGAUUAUGCAAAGUGGAGCAUCACCGCUGACCUCUCUGAACUGCCGUACUGGAAGUGGGUUGUGUGCAGAUUCCAGAAAGAUCUGGAAGAAUUCUACAGUAAAACAUUUGAGGGGAAUGGUGACAUUCCACAAGAAUGGAGAGAAUAUUCAAAAAAAGAGGCCAUUGAGAGUUUGGACAAAUACAUCUAAUGAAACUGUUAAAGAAUGAGACUCUUAUAAGUGUCUGAUUCAAAGAAAAUACAGUACUGUGUAAAAGUCUUAGACACAUAAGAUGUUUCACAAAAGUAUUUGUCUUAAGAUGGUUAUUUAUAUCUUCAGCUUUAGUGUGUCAGUAGGAAAUAUACAUUUUUAAACCCUUUAGCACAUAGAAUAGAAUAGAAGAACAGGGAGCCCUGCAACAGAUGUUAUGGCCCCCACAGAGCCCCCCACUGAACAUCGAGUCAGUCUGGGAUUACAUGAAGAGACAGAAGCAAUUGAGACAGCCAAAACAGAGCCUAAAGCUGUUUAGGCUGUCACUGUUCUGGUAAUCCCACAGGUUUGUUUUGUUAUUUUCUCUCAACCGUGUUUUGCAGGUGCCCUUGACUGGCAUAAUCAGGGUUUUCAUGGGAACAUUCAUUGUUCUCAGGGUGGCGCCGAUCAUGCCACUGAUUGCUUGUCGAGCUAUACCUGUUCCAGCCUGAUUGCACUCCCUACACUAUCUUUGCCGGAUUAUUAAUCUAUGUUGAGUACUAACCUCGCUCUCCUUGUAUAGCUGGUACUGUCUUGUCAUUCUGUUGGUUUGCCCGCGUUGUUCAGGUUGUGGUUUGCCUUCCAGUCUUCACUGAGUUCAGCCUGGCAAUCCACAAAGGAAUUCCGAUCUAUGACCGCGUGCCGGGGAUCUACAGAUCAGCUGUUGCUAUUAUUCUCCGCUGGACAUCCUACUCCUCACCAAGCUUCUACGGAGGAUUUUGCCAAGCUCCUCCUGUCUUCCACGACACACACACUCCAUUGACGAACACACUACUCUCCGCGUGAAGGCGCAUUAUUGAUUUUGUGAAUAAAUAUUUUGGAACUUUUACCUCUGCUCUUGGGUCUUUUUGUCCUGCACUUAACGUUACAAUGGCAUUACUUUUGAAGACAUCCUCACCUAAAACCUUUGCACAGUAUUGUAGAUGAUUUAUCUAAUAGUUAUAUAAAAUUAGUUUCUAUUCCACAUUUUAUUAAGCUCUAUCAAUAUCUCUUGCUUCUAUGACAAACAAUGUGAUUUAGUCAUUACCAAUGCAAGCUAUUUGAAGUGAUUUUAUAAUUUAGAGGGCUUAUAGCUAGUUAGUUUUCUCACUAAAAUGAUAGAUUUUAGCUAUAUUUUUUAAGUGUUAUCAGUUGCUUUAUUUGCUAGGAGUGACCAAUACUUGGUUUCAGGGCCAUAACCACAAUAGACAAUGUGAUUGGGGGAAUGCUAUUGUUGAAAAUAUUGUUGCUGUUGCCAUUAUUGUUGCUGUCCUGUGCAGUCCAUUAUGCACUACAGUCUAUUUGUCAUUAAACUGUUGCAAGGAUUACACAAUGGUUACAUUUGUUUUAAGUGUGCUCCACAUUAGCCCAAGUCAGCAGUUCAGGCUAAGAGUGUCAGCACCUUCUAAGAUUUAAAUAGCAACACUCUUUGACAUUAAACUAUUUGCCCACUAUUUUACAAUAGAAAUGUUAUACUAACUGACAGUAAUUUCCAAGGAUGCAAUUUUUUGGUGUGAAUUUCACACGUUUUAUGUACAGUAUGUGCUUGGUAAUGUCAAAUUGUGAAUGUGAAAAGACAACAUUAACAAGCAGUUUUCAGCCUAUCAGGCAUAAUACAAAGAGUGAAUGUGUGCAUAUUAUGAAUUAAUUAUUUUGAUGUGGUUAUGAAAUUGGCUUUCAGUUUUAUGAAUCAUUUUCUUAGGCAAUUCUUAGAAUUUUCAGACUGUUUUUAGGUUGUGGGAAUGACUGUGUCCUUUUAUUUCCUUUUUUUCUUUUUUUAUGAAAAUUAAACAUAUUAAUGUAAACGUAUUCAACUUACUUAGCUUAAUACACUUUUAUUUAUCUAGAUGUACAUACAAACUUUUAAUUUCAUGAGGUGGCCAAGGGUGAGAAGACAGCAGUUAGUCAGAUGUGGAUGAGUAAACGGAAACAGAAGAUGUCUCUCAUUAUCAGUCGUUGGAUGGGCCUCAUUUCACUGCAAGCAUCAUUUUGUUUCCUUAACACCUAUAUGCAAACCUGAAAGCAUUUUUAUGGCAAUUAUAAAAUUAUUAAUUUUUGAUUAUUUCUAUAUCAAUUUGCUUUUUGCAUCUUGCUUUUGCUUGUGUUUACAUAA